AUUCUAAGAGCGGGGUUUGUUUUUAAAAAAUGUCAAGUAAGGAUACGCAACAGAAUAUUCGUGUGGCUGUUCGUUGCAGACCUUCAAACAAGCAGGAGUUGGAGAAGGGAGUGCGCACGUGUGUGGAGUGUUCGCAGAAUAAAGUUACUGUCAAAGAAAAAGGUGUAUCUAAAGUUUUCACCUUCGACUAUGUUUUCAACCAAUUUUCUAAACAAAUUGAUGUCUAUAAGAGUAUGGUUGCUCCCAUAAUUGGCGAGAUAAUAGCAGGCUACAACUGCACGAUUUUUGCCUAUGGUCCUACGGGUAGUGGUAAGACAUUUACCAUGACCGGUGGUAGGUCGGAUCAACUCAGAUACUCUUGGGAAGGAGAUCCGUUGGCCGGCAUCAUCCCACGUGCGGUCAGUCACCUAUUCGAGACACUACAAUCGAAUGGAUCUGACUUUUCCGUUCGUGUCUCUUUCUUGGAAGUUUAUAAUGAAGAGCUGUUCGACCUCCUUUCCGCUACGGAGGAUGUAUCUCAUCUUAGCGUAUAUGAUGAUUUGAACCGCAAGGGUUCCGUUAUUAUUAAGGGUCUUCGGGAAGUGAUGGUCCUGGAUAAGAACGACGUACAUAGCGUCAUCGAACGUGGUCUUGCCAGACGACAGACGGCCGCAACCCUUUUGAAUGCACAGUCAAGUCGUUCUCAUUCUAUUUUUACGGUUACAGUGCAUAUAAAGGAAACAAACCUAGUCACUAAUGAGGAGUUGCUGCGUAUUGGAAAGCUCCACCUUGUCGACCUUGCGGGUAGUGAGAAUGUUGGCAGGUCAGGUGCUGUGGAGAAACGAGCUCGGGAAGCAGGAUCAAUCAACCAAAGCUUGCUAACUUUGGGUCGCGUAAUAACGGCACUUGUGGAACGUGCACCUCACAUACCGUACAGAGAGAGCAAGUUGACUCGUUUGUUACAGGACUCACUAGGCGGGCGGACGAAAACGUCAAUCAUUGCAACUGUAAGCCCUAGUAUGACUUCUUUGGAGGAAACCUUGUCAACACUAGACUAUGCUCAUCGAGCUAAGAAUAUUGAGAACCGACCGGAAAUCAACGCAAGACUAAACAAAACUGACUUGGUCAGGAGCUAUAAUGAAGAGUUAGAACGUUUACGACGAGACCUUGAAGCUGCCAGAACGAAGAAUGGAAUAUUUGUGGAUGAGGACAACUACCAGACUCUGCAAUCGCAACUCGCUGAGCAACGGGUCCGUAUAUGUGAACUUGAGGAAAGACGAGAGAUUUUGGAAGAGGAAAUCAGUCAAGUUCAGGAACUGUUUACUGUUACUCAGGAAGAACUCAGUGUAACUCGCAUGCGUAAAGAGGAGGUGGAGAACGAAUUAGUCGCCUAUCGAAGAGAUUUGGAAAGCAUGCGUGCACGUUUUCUGAAGUUGAAGCAGCGUUACGAGGAGACCGAGUAUCUACGUCAAGAACAUAAAAAGACGGAAUUGCGUCUUCAUGAACAAGCGAAUUCAUUGUUAUCAACUGCUGAUUCUGCCAUUGGUGAUAUGAAUGGUUUGCAUCAGAAGUUGGUUCGUCUCUCUGAUCUUGAUAAAGAAAACCGUGAGCGUGUAGAUACGUUACACAAUGCUUGGUUACCUGACCGUUUGGCACUUACAGUGUCUGAUAUUUCUGCGCUUGCUAUGGAUGUGAAGGAUUUCUGCUAUUUUGUUCGUGAUAGUGCAAGUGACUUGAGAGAAGAAUUGAAGGUAUCAGCGUGUAAUACAAUGAAAGUGCAGCGAGAAAUGAUGCAGAAGUUACGUAGUUUCUUAGCCGAUGAAUGUACUGAUGAUGCUAAAGAGAUCAAAGCGUUUUCCGAUAGGCAGGCUUCGGAAGCGAAGACUGGCCGUGAAAGUGUCAUAAUUCCACAAAUGAAAGCACUUCAAGAGCUUGUUACAUUUCUUUCCGAUAGCGCGGAUAGUUUGAAUCAAUGUCUAAAUGCUCAGUUAGCUGCUUACAAAAAAUCAGAUGAAGAAUUAGAUUGUACAAUCAAACAGUUGGAUCAGUUUGCUUCAUUAUCUGCUGGAUUUGUGGCCAGUGAAAUUGAGCAUGACAAUGAGAUGCAGAAACAAAUGGAUUACUGCAAAGCACAAUAUGUUGAAUUGCUUAAGGGAAUGGAAUCGAUGAUGAACAAAGUGAAGAAUCUUACUAUAAACCAGGAUGUAAUUUCAAAACAGUUGUCAUCGAGAUCUUCCCGACUGGAAACCUUCUCAGAAUGUAGUCGGAGUGAAGUUGAAAGACUGAAGUCUUCUUUGUUCAAUACACGGGGAGGUAUUUUAGAUCGUGUUUGCAAAGCACACGACUCCAAUGUAUUAUCGGUGAAUGGCUUCAUUGAUGGAGUGAAAACGAUUUCAUGUAAGCACGAGAAGUUGAAGGUAGGAGUUGACGAUUGCUUCGACAGUAUGUGUAGGAGCGUUGAACAUUUUUCUACCGAUGGCCUUGGAAGGGAUCUACUAAGGAGAGCUUCAACUUGGCAAUCUCAGGGCGAGGACCAUGGUGAUAGUCAAGCGUGUGGUUUGACUAGAAAUAUAGAAAGGUGUGUGGAGGGUGAUUUAUUUACUUCUGUAGAGAGACAGACUGCUGCUUUAUUGAGUUUAGAAGCUGCUGGAGAUAAACUUUUUGAAGAUUCGACUGAAAGUUUCGAAAAGGUGGAAACAGACCUGAGGGUUAUACCGGUAGAAAUGGGAGAUGUUUUAAGAGGGAAGUACCAGAUUUACGUUCCAACAGGUGUAACACCUCAGUCUCGACGAUUUUCGUACCCGAGGGAACUCGCCAAAACUGGAUCAUACCGUCGUAUCCUGAAGGAGUAUCGUUCCAACAGAACUGUUGAGGAUAAUAAUGGUAUGACCUCAAUUUCUAUUCUGGACGAAAAUCUGUCAUUUUCUACUGACUUCAAUGAAUCAACAUUUGUUGAUGAUCAGAUUACGGCUGAACAGCCUAAAGUCAAUGGUGAUGGCAAUGGUGAUGAAGACAGUAACUCUAACUCUCUCUCAACAGGUGUUCCAGUGAGUUACUAUUUAUGUAAUUAUUUUGUUUUAUGAGACAUAUUGGGUGCUUUUGUAAAAUUCUCUUAACAGUACAUGGUUGUUGAAUGCGAGUUGAUCUCUUAUUUUUGUGCUAGGUACUCGCACUGCGUAAACGUUUUUUUGUAAUCCGCUUGAGUAUGUAUAAUCUGUUGCUGAUGCUUAUGCGUAUUGAUUGUAUCCUGUGCAAUAACAUUGAAUAAUUCAUUGUUUUUUUGGUGAGAACUCCUCGAAGUUAUUUUGAUUUCUUUCAGGAUUGUGGAAUUGUUGCUGAAGUUGGUGUUGGAGCGAAAGUGCAGGUUGGUGGCCUUUUUAUUGGACCUUUUAAGGCCCCAUUUAUUGUAUUAUUCCCCUGUGUGUCUGGUCUAGUCAAUCUGAAAUGUAUUGGGGUGUACUGCUUUCAUGUGAAUCCCCGUUAACACUGAAGUUUGGCAACUUAUAUCUGCGCAAAGGGCAUGUUGAGAUGUUUGGAUGACAAUGAGGUUUGUUGUCAUACUGCUUGUUCACCCAAAUCAGGGCAAAAGAUUUCGCGAGGGUAUUAUGACCGCGAACCUUCUGGUCACUGACUUUUGUGAAGUAGCUUCUUAGUUAUCUUGAUGAGCGACCUGUUAUGCUUGACCAUUUAAAGCCGUGUACAACGAUGUGCAAAUAUGGCACAUUUCAGUGAUUUUGUUGGAUAUUCUAUGACUAGACGUGUAUUAUGAUAUAGUGUAUCUCGCAAUGGGAUUCUUGUCACGCAGUGUAUUCACCAAUUCGAAGGAGAAAUUGGAUGUACAAUAUUCGUUUUUGAGAAGCGUAGUUGCCCUGGUUAGCCUCGUGGGUCAUCUCACUAGGAUGAUAGUCAUUGUGAAAAAUCACGAGUUCUGUGUAUAUUCUAAUCUGAUUGGUUGGUGUAUCAUUGCGAAUUAUCCUCAUCUCGUAUACUUGCUUUCUAUCAUUAAAAAAAUUUCCUAACUGUUUAAAUUUGUUGUAUAUACUAGAAUUCUACUCAACAAGCAGCAGUGACAAGCUGUGAGGGAGACAAGGCAAACAAGAGCAUAGCUGAUCCCCUCGUUAACUGCAAAAAGAAAUCGAAAAUAAUAAAUAAGAAACGUCGUUCCAGACGAUGAGAUAUUUCGUGACACAAAACUUCAAUUUAUGAUAUUCCCAAGAUACUGUACAUAUCAAAUGUGUUUCAUAUCAUCUUUGUACAUUUUGUCAUCAUGCUUUUAAUCUGCUUUAUUCGUUCGGAAUCCUUAUCUUCCUUCCAACAUGUAUUUUGUUUUUGACAUCAACUCUGCUAAUUUUACGAUUGGUCGAAUUUAUUGUACAUGUAGUGGAGUUGACGAAGUUUGGAGUUUUUAAC